AGUCACGUCAGUCCAUGCAGUCCGUGGAGUGGGGGGAACAGAGGAGGAAGAGAGAUUUGUUUAAACUUUCUGUGCUCUUUUAGGAGAUGUCAAGGUACCACAAAGCAGCGAUUGAUGGAUACUUGGACCUCUUGAAGGAGGCCACGAGGAAGGACCUGAACACUGCGGAUGAGGAUGGCAUGACUCCCACCUUACUGGCCGCUUUCCAUGGACAUAUCGAUGCUCUUCAGCUCAUUUGCAGCAGAGAAGGAGAUCCCAACAAGAGUGACAUCUGGGGAAACACACCGUUGCAUCAUGCUGCAGCUAACGGCCACAUGCACAUCCUCAGCUUUCUGGUCAACUUCGGCGCCAACCUGUUUGCACUCGACAACGAAUUCCACACAGCCAUGGACGUCGCUGCAUCUCGUGACCACAUGGAGUGCGUGCGCUUCCUAGACGCUGCCGCCGCACAGCAGACCAACCACAAUCCCAAGAAGGUCGCCAGUGUAAAGAAGGAGGCAGUCAAAGAAGCAGAAAAACGUGUGAAACUCUGUGAGAAGGUGAAGAAGAAACACCAGAGCAAGAUGGAUAAAAUGCAGCGCGGAACGAACAAUACUGGGUCUGUUACAGAGGCCAGCAUGGCAUCAGCACUCUCGAACGGCGGCACCGUGACCAACGUCAACGAGCAGUUCUCCAAACUUAUUGCUUCCGAUAAAUCUGGUUCUCUCACAGCUAGGGUUAAAGGUACACUCCAGAAGAAGCUCGGGAGGAAAGAUAAAGGCACAAUGGAGAGAUCAGGAGGGGGUGGGAAUGUUAUUUUCCUCAAACAGGACAGCGGAGUAUCCGAGAAGCCAGAAUUUCUGGAUGUCUUCAGCGAGCAGGACGAGAGCAUUUUAGAUGAAGAAGGAACAUCAGGCUAUGAAGAUGAUGAUGACAAUGAGGAACCAGGCCACGUCAAGCAGUCCAUCUUCAACCGGCCCGGCCUUGGAGGUCUGAUUUUCAUGAAGAAGAUGGGGCUGGAGUCAGAGGACAUCCCCACUGGGAACAACGAAAGUCUCGGCUACCUUGUUGAGAACAAGAUGUUUGAUGCGGAGGACGACGCUGCUGGCUUUGAGUCCGAUCUGCCCUGGGAACAGGAAGAUCUGGGACUGGAUGAUGAUGAGAAUGAUGAAACCUCUCCUUUAGAUGUGUUCUUGUCUUCCAUCUCCUUGCCAGAGUUUACCCUUGCAUUCAACAGAGAGCACCUGGACCUGGAGGGGUUAAUGCUUUGCUCUGAUGAAGACCUGAAAGGCAUUCGCAUCCAGCUGGGACCCAGAAAGAAAAUCUUGGAAGCUGUUGCCCGCAGGAAGAACGUGCUGGAGAGUCCUGGCAUUAUGAAGGACAGCUGUUUGUGAAAAGAAAAAAAGAACAUUACCUUUUUCUAACCAUUUUACCAACCAAAAUUCUCAUAAUUUUAAGUGAUCAAACUUACACUCUCUAGGAAUGGAAAUGUUUUGUGCAAUGCUCUGUUUAUAUACAGUAUAAUCCAUGUUAUAACCAAUUACAGCAUGACGGUGUCAGAACCUACAUUUAAAAUCUGGUGGGAAAAACAUGAAAAAGAAAUGACCAGAAACUCAGUCUUAAAUCCAGAAUAACACUUGAACAAAAACAAGAGAUGCUUUGAUGGGAAAUAGUUUCUCCCCAUAAAUGACAUAACAGUGUGGCUGAUUUGUUUGUGCUGUUGUAUAAUUGGUUUGACUGUUGACAGCGUGAUUGUCAAAUGAAUAAAAUUUGUGAAAUAUACUGUGUCUGG